GAUACAUGUUAAAUUUCCCUUCACUCUGCAGUAUAAACAUUCUCAUCAUCAUCAUCAUGAAUCUGAAAAUACAUUGAAAAAUUGCCAUUGAAAACUUUAGAUUAAUCUGAUGAUUUGAGGUGCUGCAGAACAGAAGAGUUGAUGACAAGAUGGGAGAAAGUGCAUGCAUUCUGUUCUGUAACAACUUCAGCUGUUCAAAUGAAACUGGGAAGACAUGCAAUUAUGGUUUUUCCGCAAUUCUCAAUCCAUAUUCAUGUCUCAACCAUGCUUUCACCAUUUCUGUUGAUGUGCUUCUUCUCUUUGUGGCCUUGCUCAUCAUUGUUUGUAAAUUGACCUCAAGAAAGAUCAAUACAAAUUCUCAGUCACAAAGCAUCUCUUUAGUCUCAAUCCUCUCAGCAAUUUAUAAUGGAAUCUUGAGUGUUACCUAUUUGGCCUUGGGGUUAUGGACCAUUUUCCAGAAACUCGACAUGGAUGGUACAGUUUUCCCCAUGGAUGGAUGGCUGGUGCUGCUGUUUCAAGGAUUUUCAUGGCUGGUUUUAGCUGUAUUUGUAAGCAUGAAGCAGCUAAAUUAUCUGAUAGCUGUGAAAUCUUGUUCGACAUUUGCCUUCUUGUAUGCAGUCUUCCUCUGCAUUUCAUCCCUACUUGAGGCGAUUGCGGACAAUACAGCGUCAUUGAAGAUCAUUUUGGAUGUUUCGUCUUUUCCCGGAUCGAUUUUAUUUCUGUCAUGCGCCUUUAGAGGAUACGGUUCGAACGAUACUGAUCAAAUCGGUGAUUUAGAUGCUUCCUAUGCACCUUUGCAGGGUGAGGAACAUGAUGAAACCAGUUUCAGCCAUAACAUCACUCCUUUUGCCAAUGCUGGCGUUUUAAGUAAGAUGUUCUUUUGGUGGUUGAAUCCUCUACUGCAUGAGGGUAAGGAGAAAAUUCUAGAGAACAAAGAUAUUCCGGCUAUGCAGCCGGCAUGUCGUGCAACAGCAUGCUACUUGAAGUAUAACGACCAACUGAGCAAACAGAAACGAAGGAAAUCAAGUGUUUCAACUUCUACUGUGUGGAUAAUUGUAUAUUCUCACUGGAAAGCUAUGUUAACUUCUGGGAUCUUUGCAUUGAUCAAGGUUCUCACACUCUCUACAGGUCCACUGUUUCUUAGGGCUUUUAUUGCAACUGUUCAAGGUAAAGAAGCUUUUAAGUAUGCAUAUGUACUUACUCUUGGCCUGCUCAUAGCAAAAUGCUUGGAGUCCUUAUCUGAGAGGCAAUGGUUCUUUAUAACAAGAAUGGUUGGCCUUCAACUUAGGUCUAUGCUAUCUGCUGCAAUAUAUCGAAAGCAACUGCAGCUAUCAAAUGCUGCUACAAUGACUCAUUCUCCUGGUGAGAUAGUGAGUUAUGUCACGGUUGACGCCUAUAGAAUCGGCGAGUUUCCUUAUUGGUUUCAUCAGAUAUGGGCGACGAUCCUUCAGUUUUGUCUAGCGUUAUUCAUCGUAUACUCUUCCGUGGAACUGGAAACUUUUGCUGCGUUAGCUGCAAUAAUAUCGAUCGUGGUUUCAAGUUAUCCACUAACCAAAUCACAGCUCAAGUAUUACAAGAAAAUCAUGUCGGCACAAGAUAAGAGGCUUGAAGCGAUCACGGAGGCGCUCACGAAUAUGAAGGUGUUGAAGUUACAUGCUUGGGAGACGCAUUUCAAGAACGUUAUCGAGAGUUUAAGGACGGAUGAAUUCAAAUCGAUAUUGGGGAUUCUGUCACAGAAAGGGUACCUGCUAGUUUUGUUUUGGUGUUCUCCAAUUAUAGUGCCCGCUGUUACUUUCUGGACUUGCUACUUGUUAGGGGUUUCCCUCAAUGCCGGCAAUGUCUUCACAUUUUUGGCGAGCAUUCGCAUCAUUCAGGAGCCGGUUAGGGUUAUACCCGAUAUCGUUCAAGCGUUCAUUGGGGCAAAGGUGUCACUAGAUAGGAUUGUGGGCUUCCUUGAGGCGCCAGAGUUGGGAAACAGAAAGUCGGAGCAAAACUGUUGUGAUGACAAAAAUUUUGAUAUCUCCAUUCUCAUAAAGUGUAAUGAAAUCUCUUGGGAUAUUAAUCCUUCAUCGAAACCUACCAUAAAGGACAUAGAUUUGGUGGUUAAACCAGGAGAAAAGAUUGCCAUUUGUGGAGAAGUUGGUUCAGGAAAAUCAACUCUUUUAGCCGCGGCUCUCGGAGAAGUUCCAAAAUGCAAUGGCACAGUUCAUGUACAUGGGAAGAUGGCAUAUGUUUCUCAGACAGCAUGGAUCCAGAAAGGAAGUAUCCAAGAAAACAUUCUUUUUGGCUCUGUGAUGGAUCCUGUCUGGUAUCGGGAAGUGCUCGAGACGUGUUGCUUAGUAAAAGAUCUGGAGAUACUUCCCUUUGGUGACCUUACUGAAAUAGGAGAAAGAGGAGCCAAUCUCAGCGGUGGACAAAAGCAAAGAAUUCAACUUGCUCGUGCAUUGUAUCGGAAUGCAGAUGUCUAUUUUCUGGAUGAUCCUUUCAGUGCUGUAGAUGCUCAAACCGCAACAAGUCUUUUUAAUGAAUAUGUGAUGAGAGCUUUGUCUGCUAAAACUGUCUUACUUGUGACCCAUCAAGUAGACUUCCUUCUGGCUUUUGAUUCCGUCUUGUUGAUGUUUGCUGGGGAAAUUGUAGAGGCUGGUACUUAUGAUCAGCUGCUAGCUUCAAGCCGAAAAUUCCAGGACCUUGUAAACGCUCACAAUAACACGGUUGGAUACGAAAUGGACAUUUCGAGUUCUUCUAACGGGAGAACGAUGGCAUCCAAAGAAGUGAUCGAGAAUGUACAUGUGAAGGAAGAGCCAAUAAUGGCUAAUGGAGAACAACUAAUUAAGCAAGAAGAAAGAGAAACAGGAGAUACAGGUUUCAAGCCUUACUUGCAGUAUUUGAGACACCACAAGGGCUUUCUAUAUUUCACCUUGGCAAUUUUGUUCCAUGUGGUAUUCAUAAUAGGACAGGCAAUUCAAAGCUACUGGUUAGCAUCUGAGAUCCAAAGUUCUCAAGUGAGUAAAAGGGAAUUACUCACGGUUUUCACUGUGAUUGGAUGCUCUUUAGCAAUCUUUUUGCUCCUCAGAUCAGUUUAUGUAGUUCUUCUUGGAUGUGGAGCUUCAGAAUCUAUAUUUUCAACACUGUUGAUGUCAUUUUUUAGAGCUCCAAUGUCGUUUUACGACUCAACACCUGUGGGAAGGAUACUGAGUCGGGUGUCUUCGGAUUUAAGCACCAUCGACCUCGAAAUGGCUUUCAAGUUAUCAAUCACAGUUGGAACAACCAUGAAUACAUACUUCAGCUUUUGUGUAUUGGCCGUGCUGGCCUGGCCAGUUGCAUUUGUCAUCAUUCCCAUGAUUUAUCUUACUAUACUUUUACAGAGACACUACUAUGCUUCUGCAAAGGAAUUGAUGCGAAUCAAUGGUACGACAAAGUCUUCGGUUGCCAGCCAACUCGCUGAAUCCAUUGCUGGAUCCAUGACAAUCCGAGCUUUCGGAGUGGAAGACUUGUUCUUUCUAAAGAAUAUGAACCUGAUUGAUGCCAAUGCAAGUCCAGACUUUUAUAAUUUUUCUGCAAACGAGUGGUUGAUCCAAAGGUUGGAGAUAUUGUGUGCCAUUGUUCUUUCGUUCUCGGCCCUUUCGAUGACUUUGAUUCCUCUUGGAUCAUCUGCAUCUGGAUUAAUUGGAAUGGCACUGUCAUAUGGCCUUUCGUUAAAUGUAUUCCUAGUACUUUCUGUGAAAUAUCAGGGUUUUCUAUCAAAUGACGUUGUCUCCGUGGAAAGGCUAGAACAAUACAUGCAUAUUCCUAGUGAAGCUCCCGAAGUAAUUGAAGCAAACCGGCCUCCACACAACUGGCCUUGUGUUGGCAAAGUCGAUAUUCGAAAUUUGAAGGUUCGAUAUCGGCCUAAUGCUCCGCUAGUUCUUCAUGGCAUCAGCUGCAUAUUCGAAGGAGGAAGUAAGAUUGGGAUUGUUGGCCGGACCGGUAGCGGAAAGACAACUUUUAUCAGCGCUUUCUUCCGCCUGGUAGAGCCCGAGGAUGGAGAAAUCGUCAUUGAUAACGUUAACAUCUGUGAAAUCGGGCUACAUGAUUUGAGAUCACAUUUGGGGAUCAUCCCUCAAGAUCCAACUCUUUUUGGUGGAUCUGUUAGAUACAAUAUAGACCCUUUAGAGCAGCAUAGUGAUAGUGAAAUAUGGGAGGUUCUUGAAAAGUGUCAACUCCGAGAGGCGGUACAAGCGAAAGAAGGCGGCCUGAACUCAAUUGUUGUACAAGAUGGAUCAAACUGGAGCACAGGGCAACGUCAAUUAUUCUGCCUCGGACGAGCAUUGCUGAAGAGAAGCAGGAUCCUAGUGCUUGAUGAAGCAACCGCAUCGAUCGACAAUGCAACCGACUCAAUCAUCCAGAAAACAAUAAGAACAGAAUUCGAUGACUGCACCGUGAUAACCGUAGCUCACCGAAUACCAACUGUGAUGGACUGCGAUAUGGUGCUUGGCCUUAGUGAUGGGAAAUUGGUGGAGUUCGAUGAGCCGAUGAAGCUGAUGAAUAAGGAGGGAUCGUUGUUCGGACAGUUGGUCCAAGAAUACUGGUCUCGUUCCUCCUCAUAAUAUAUUUCACCAACUUAUGUA